UUUGAUUUUCAUCCAUUUUCUUUACAGCUUCAUACAGGAAAAAAAUGAAUCCUAGUUUGAGUUUCAAUACCACUCUCAUCCGGUCUGCCCGGGCAAUCCAACCAAAUGUCCAUUUUGGAUAUCCGCCCGGAGUCUCUCUCACCGACUUUGUCACCGACGACAUGAAGGCUUUGAUUCACCCUCAUUGGAGCAAGUUUCCGCCUGUCAACCCCAUGUGGCAUUACCUUUUGGGAACCAUCUACAUCUUCCUGGGGGUGGUUUCUCUUUGUGGUAAUGGAAUUGUCAUCAGCUUGUUCACCAAAACCAAAGGACUUCGCAGCACAGCCAACAUGUUUGUCGUCAAUCUUGCAUUUUCCGACUUUUGCAUGAUGAUCUCCCAGUUCCCCAUGUUUGUCCACAACUCUUUCAAUGGUGGCAUUUGGCUUUUCGGCCCAGCGGCCUGUGAGCUUUACGCCUGUUUGGGAGGCGUUUUCGGAGCUACUAGCAUAUGUACGAUGGCUGUUAUCGCAUACGAUCGAUACAACGUCAUUGUCAAGGGCAUGGCCGGAACUAAAAUGACAUCCAAACGGGCAGCUACCCUGAUCGCUUGCUGCUGGAUUUACGCCACUGGGUGGUCCAUCACACCAUACUUCGGCUUCGGUCGUUACAUUCCGGAAGGAAUUUUGGACUCCUGUUCUUUCGAUUACCUUACUCGAGAUGAACAGACUAAAGCCUUCGUACUUUGCCUUUUUAUCUUCUUGUACUGCAUCCCGUUGACCUUUAUUACCUGCUGUUACUACUUCAUCGUGAAAACCAUCUUUUUUCACGAGAAAACCCUUCGUGACCAGGCGAAGAAGAUGAACGUUACCUCACUCCGAUCCAACGCUGACAGUAACGCAGCUUCUGCUGAAAUUAAGAUCGCAAAGGUCGCCCUUUGCAACAUCGCUUUGUGGGCGGCAAUGUGGACUCCUUAUGCCGCAAUCGUCCUCAAGGGGAUUUUCGGAGACCAAUCAACUAUCACGCCGUUAGUAACAAUUUUGCCGUCCUUGAUUACCAAAUCAGCAUCCAUCUGCAAUCCAAUUGUCUAUGCUAUUUCUCACCCGAAAUUCCGAUUGGCAUUGCAAGAGAAAUACCCGUGGUUCUGCAUCAACGAGCCAGUCAAAUCAGACAACGAAUCCAUCUGCUCCACCAAGACCGGAGUAUCCAGCAGCAGUACUACUGAAUCUACAUAAAGAAAAACUUAUUAAAACAUCAUCUUAAAUGCUCGGAACUUACCCUGACGACCCCAUAUAAAAACGGAACUCUCGAUCAUGAUAAUGACAUAUGUUUAAAUAGCCAUUUGUUUUCUUUUCUUACCAUAAUUCAGUCGCUUUAAAUCCUCAGUUUGUUUCAGCCAUGUAGCAAUGAAAAAAGUUUAGCUCGAGCAAAUAUACACGCAUUCAAAGUUA